CGCGAGUCUCGCACGCAGCGGUACGAUGACAACAACGCACCGCUCAUGUAUGUCCGCAUUCAAGUUGGGCAAGCGUCCUGCAGCGCUUUGCUGGAUAACGGCACGUCUCGCAAUUUCAUGAGCCAAUCCUUUAUGCAAAAGGCUGGCCUUAGGGCACAAGUUCGAAGGAAGGCAAACCCGACGGCGAUCAAGUUGGCGGAUGGGAAAACGCAUCAACUUCUCGACCGAUACAUCGAGGCCGUACCGGUUUAUUUCGCACCUCAUGCAUGCGAACCGGUGACAUUCGAUAUUCUCGACACGGACUUCGACAUCAUUCUGGGAAUGCCUUGGCUUGCACGUGCGGAUCACACGGUCAACUUCCACCGGCGGACUCUUAGCGUUCGCGACGCCUUCGGCGCGGAAGUGGCGUGUACAAUUCCUCUACCGCACCCUUCGAUUCGGUGCCAAGUGGUGACGGCCAAAUCAUUAAGGGCGACUUGCGCUUACAAGCAGCCCGAGGAAAUUGGCCUACGUUUCCUACGGACCGUCGCGGUAGCCGACUCUUCACCCACGGAGUUGUCUUCGGACCCCCGGGUGGUGCGGUUGCUGGACGAGUUCGCCGACAUCUUCGAGUCACCUACCGGUGUGGUGCCGGAUCGGCCGAUCUCUCACGAGAUCAUUCUUGAAGCCGGUGCCGUGCCGCCGAAAGGUUGCAUCUAUCAGAUGAGCGAGGAGGAGCUUGAGGUCCUCCGUGCACAACUCGACGAUUUGUUGGCCAAGGGCUGGAUCCGCCCUAGCAGCUCUCCAUAUGGAGCACCAGUCCUCUUCGUCCGGAAGAAGAACAAGGAUCUACGAUUGUGUAUCGACUACCGCAAGCUCAACGAGCAAACCGUCAAGAAUGCGGGGCCUUUUCCUCGCAUCGACGAUCUUCUUGAGCGACUGGGAGACGCAAAGUAUUUUUCUAAGUUGGAUUUGAAAUCGGGAUAUCAUCAAAUCUCGAUCCGGCCGAACGAUCGCUACAAGUCCGUGUUCAAGACGCGGUACGAACAUUUUGAGUGGGUCGUCAUGCCUUUUGGCCUCACCAACGCCCCGGCAACCUUUCAAGCGGCAAUGACCAAUGAGUUUCGUGCAAUGUUGGACCGGUUCGUGCUGGUUUACUUAGACGAUAUUCUCGUCUAUAGCCGGUCAUUGGAGGAUCAUCUUGGGCAUCUUCGACGAGUGUUGGAGACGCUCCGCCGCGCCAAGUACAAGGCCAACCGCGACAAGUGCGAAUUUGUCCGGCAAGAGCUGGAAUACUUGGGCCAUUUUGUCACACCGGAGGGCAUCAAUCCGCUAUCGGACAAGAUUCAGGCCAUCCAAGAGUGGCCAGAGCCUUGGAACGUCAUGGAUGUUCGUUCGUUCCUUGGCCUUGCCGGCUACUACCAGCGUUUUAUCAAAGGCUACUCGAAGAUCGCGACCCACUUGACCAAGCUUCAAUACGAGGAUCGACCGUUUGACUUCGGAGAGGAGGCGCGGGAAUCAUUUUUGGCUCUCAAAGCCGCGCUAUUAUCUGCGGAGGUCUUGCAGAUAUACGACCCGCUUUUCCCUAUGCGCGUCACUACGGAUGCGUCAGGCUAUGGCAUUGGUGCAGUCCUCGAGCAACAUGAUGGUGUGGACUGGCACCGAGUCGAGUGUUUCAGCAAGAAAGUGCCCGACGUGCAUUCCAUUGACGAUGCACGCAAGAAGGAGCUCCUCGCCUUCGUCCACGCGCUCAAGCGGUGGCGGCACUUCCCCGUGGGUCGAAGCCAAUUUCGAUGGGUAACGGACAACAAUCCGUUGGUCUUUUACAAGACCCAAGACACCGUCAACAGCACCAUCGCUCGAUGGAUGGCUUUCAUCGACCUGUUCGACUUCUUUCCUGAUCACAUUCCGGAAGUCGAACCGUUUUGCGGAUGCUCUUUCACGGCGUCCGGAUCACUGUACCGCGGUCUACUCAACCUUCGAGAUCGACGAUGACUUGCGGAACAACGUCAUCCGCGGCUACCAAGCCGACCCCGAGUUUCGCGACAAGUACGCAAAUU